CCCGCCAUGUUGCGGCGGAGGCGGCGGGAAAGGAAGCGGCGGGACCGUGGGAUCGCGGGGCGCUCGGAGCAUGCGGGGCGCACGGAGCGGGCAGGGCGCGGCCCCCGCGCAGUGGGUGCUCAUUGCCCCAGAGGCUGCAAUUGACCCCCCAAAGACACCUGACAGCGAACCCUUGUUUACAAAACUGCGCAACCCAAGCACAGGGGAAGCAACCCUUUACUUAUUCAAUAGUGGUGCACAGCAGCUGUUUGAAGUAAAAGCUUUUCACGAGGAACGUCGUUCCUGGUUUAUAGGUCAGACUGUUCAACAGGAUGGGCGCCUGCUCUUUGUUACACCAAUGGACCCCUUGUUUCUGAUACUUUACUACCUCAUAAAGGCAGACAAAGAGCAGCAAGGAAAGUUCCAGCCACUUGAUCAAGUUGUGCUAGACUCAGAAUACCCUAGCUGCCCACUGCUGCUGAAAUGUGCAGAUGUUAAACAGUACAUACAGCACGUAACAGAAGAAAAAGAGAUUGGCAGUCAGAAAUUCCACAAAUACAGCCAGGAGAAGACACUGAAGUGGUUAAAGAAAAAGGUUAAUCAAACAGUGAAAGCACUUAAAAGCAACAAUAUAUCAGUAGGUGAAAGAGUGCUUGCAAGUACAUUUAUCAACAGUAAACAGAUCACAGAUGCUCAGGAAGACUAUGUACGGUAUGCCCAUGGGUUAAUAUCAGAGUAUAUUCCUGAAGAUCUGAGUAAGGAGUUGUUAAAAUACUUGGGGCUCCCAGAACUUAGAAGCCCAGCACCAGAGCCACCAGUGAAGAAAAGGAAAUUGUCAGAUGUCCCUGUGGAACCACAAGAAGACUAUACUAAAUUUAACAGUGACAAUCUGAAAACCAAGAAGGCAAACACCAAGAUGUCUGCAGCACAGAAGGCUCUGGCCAAAGUUGAUAAGAGUGGAAUGAAAUCCAUUUCUGCUUUCUUCAGCUCCAAACCUAAAACAUCAAAAUGAAGACCUAUUCUUUAAAGAAUUUCAUACAAUGGUUAUUUUUAUGUUAAGCUAAAGAAGUCUCCGGGAGUUUUUUGUUAGUAUAGUGUAUGCAGGGCAUGUCUGGGUACGAGUGUGAUGGAGAGGUCUGUCAGCUGGCUGGGCACAGAGCUGCUGGUCCUUAGUGAGGCAAGGCAGUACCAUGAUAUCUGAUUUUCCAGCCUGGAUUGAGAAGAUGGCUCAGCUGCAUUAACAUGGUGCUGUGAGCUAGAAGCAAGGCUUAGCAGGGUACUAGACUGUGCUGCUGCUCCUUCUAGCGCAAGCCCAGUAAAGCCCACCAUGGAGUUUUCUCCAUUACACUUCAUUCUAGGUCAAAAACUUGUCCACCUUUGAUGAUUUUUUUUCUUAAAUUCAUAAGGAGCGUUAUUUUUUUAAAACUUUCUGAAGUUUUUUACCCAGUGUUGCAUCAGAGUAGGAUGGCAUCAUUGCAUUUUUAUUUUGACCCAAAUGUAAGCGUUGAUGUAAGGGUUGUCACUGGUGGUAUUUUAUCGAGGCAAGGAUACUCUCUGUAUUGGGAUUUGGGGCGUUUUCAAUAUGCUGGAAACAAAUGGCAAUGAAUGUCAGUGUACAUGUAAUGCAAUAAAGUGCUUUGUGUAACAAACUUGUGCUUGCUGUAUUUGCUGUAUGCUUCAAAAGCUAGGUUGUGUUUCAGCACAUUUUUUAAGUGCUUUUGGUAUUUUCCUGUAUAUAAAUUUUAAUCCUUAAAGAGUUCUGGCAUCUCUUUGGCUUUACGUGAUAAAUCUCUUAGCGCAUAGCAAUAUAGGGGUAUUUUUAUGUUUAGUUCCAAGGUCAAGAGGUCCUUACAAAAAUAAUCAGGGAAAAAUUGAUUUAAAGGCAAGAAUGGGUGGGGUUUUUUUAAGAAGCCUGUUUGGCAUUGGAUUCAAAAGCUUAAGUAUGAGUGUCUUAGAUAAGGUUUAGUUUUACAAAGUUUUGCACAAGGUAGGACUGUUACUUAAAAUGCACUAUCCACUCUUUUCUAUGUUCUUUCAUCAUUACAGACUAUUCCUGUAUAUUUAGAGGGAUAGCUGAUGAUGUGGCUUCCCUCAGUCUCAGAAUUGAAAAAGAGAUGGAGUCAUUGGGAUCAUUUGUACCGAUCUAGCCAAUUCUGCACAAUAAUCAAUGUCAUCCAUCAGUUGUUGCACUGAGUCAUUACUGUAGAUCAGCUACGAUGUUUGUUUUUGAAUGACACUCUUAAAACACAUCAGUCUUUGCUACUUCAGCUCAGUAAAGAAUCUGCUUGUAUCCCUUGAUCAUGCAAGUUUUAGAGAAAUUAGGCAUUUCCCCUUUUUGAGUAACUAUGCCAUUUUUCCACUUCAAACUUAUUUGCUGUCAUUUACAACCCUUGGAUUACGAUGGUGUCUGUUAGGUUAAAAAGCUCUGUAGCACUCUAUUCCAGCCAGAAAUGAAAGAGAAGUCUUGCCAUGUGUUCUGUGCAGUUUUGUAGUUCUUGUUGGGUUUUGUGUGCUUUUCAAACUGAUGUUUUUUACAAAGUAUCAGAUGUAGUUUGCAAAUGCACAGAGGGUCAGCAUGGCUGGAAUUCCAGAUAGAGGAAAAUACUUGGAAAUCUACAGAAUUAUUAUCUCUGAUAAUAAAUAGCAUUUGAUGACCCCAGAACAAGCAAUAGUGGUUGUGAACUGGAAGGGUUAAAUUCCAGAAAACAUUCAACCUCCCAUAUUCAUGUGAGUAGAAUCAUGGGAUGCCAAAGUGAUGGCAAUUUUGAAAAACACCCAUCAAAAAUGUAGGAUGAUGCUAUGGGAAAAAAGGAAAGGGAAAUAUCAGGCACAUUCUGCUGGGUUAAGGGAGAAGUUCUGUGCAGUAAGCAACUAGUUAGGGAGUGUUUUUGUAGAAAAAAGGAGUUUUGUAUCUAUUAAUGAAAAGCCAGUUCUAGAAAAUGCUGAGAAAGCAGACAAGCAUGGGAUGGGUUCUUGUUGGAAAACCAGGAAUGGGAGAGGAUUAUGUUCAAAACGGGAACUAUGGGGCAGAACAGAUACAUGGUAGAAGCUCUUCUGAAUAUUUAAAAAUGCUAGUUUUAGGAAUUUGGAUUUUAACAGUUCAAAAAUUUUGUGAAAUAAACUUUCCAAGCACGCCUUUUCAUUGACUGAGCUGUUCAAGAACCUUCUAUGAAAAAGUCCCAGUUUCUCUGGUCAGAAUUUGGGACAGAGAGAGAACAAAUGUGAUACAGAUGAGAGGCCUUUGUGCUGACCUUCUGGUACUUCUCAGGUACCAGAUUUCAUUUUUUCUUGCUCUAUGCAUGCCGUUCACAUCUGCUGCUGUGCUCAAGGACUGAGUCUAGAGUUCUUCUUCUGUGCAGGGAUGCAUUUUGCUUUAGUGCCACAUCUCGACUUCAGCUGUCAGCUAUGCUGUAACUUACCAUAAUAGUAAUUUUAUUAGUGACUGUACUUUUGGUUAAGCACGAAUUUAUGCAUGACAAGAAAAAUAAGCCAUUUCCAAAAACCAUUAGAACUUUCACAUGAAAACAAAAACUUUUCCCUUUAGGAAAGCAAGAAGUACAUUUAGUAAGUUUGAAACUUCCUCGACAUGUAUCUGUAAGAAGUUAUGAAGAGCAUAAGGUGCCAAGUGCAUAAAACAAUAUUUCCUACCACAAUAAGGAUUUAAAUAUAGUUACCCUGCUUGGCCAGCAGUAGCAGUAGAUCAUUAUGAAGUGUUUCUUUGCUAUUUCUUCUUUGGUUAGCAUAGCAUAGAGCAACAUGCCAGGGCUGUUAUAGAAAUGUGGUUUUACUUUAUUUCUUUUUCUGGGUUAACAUGACAUCUCUACAUGUUCAUGUAAAUAUCUAAUGAGCUGUGAUGAUUUUAUAGUUGUUUAUCUGGGAUUAAACGGCUCUCACAUUUUCACUUUUUUGGACUUUGCAUAGAAAAUGGAUUGACAUCAGUGGGCAUGGAAAACAUGGAAAUUCAAGCACUGACUUAGGGAUAUUUAAGGGUCAAACUGGCACAUCAUUUUCAGUCUUAAGUAAUAAACUUAGUUCUAUUUGUAGAAGUGAUUGGUGAUUUGAAUAUUUUUCAGUGGAAGAGGUGGUAUAGUUGGCAGAGCUUGCAUUCAGAUCUGAAAUCUGGAAGGGUUCAGUGUGCUUGUUUUCAGGUGUUCAAUUGCAUCUGACGUGAUGUUUAUUGAGGCAAAAUUAAAUGCAUGGAUGGUUAUUUGAAUAAAGUAAUGUU